CAAGAUGUUACUGAACUAGCCAAUUUUAUGGGCCAUGAUAAAAGCAUCCACAAGUCCCAUUAUCGACAACCAAUUCCAGAAUUAGAGAUACCUCGUAUAGCAAAUUUAUUACAACUAGCAACGAAUAUAAACAAUGAACAUGAAACAUCUGUUCAUAAUGAAGCAAGUACAAGCAGUAAUAUAAUAUCAGCAAAUACAGCAGAAGAACAGGCGCGCCUACCCAGUGAUUCGGAUGAUACGAAUAAAAAUGGAUCAACUUCAAAAAAUAAAAAACAGAGAAAACGACGCAGCACAUCUCCAUUUGGCACUACGAAACGAAGACUUUGGACAAUAGAAGAACAAACUGCAUUAUUAACUCGAUUCAAGAAGGAAGUACAGAACUCACGCCUUCCAUCGGGAAUUGAUAUUACUGAUUGCAUACAGAGAGAUCCGAGACUGUCACGCCGUUCAGUGCCACAAAUCAGAUCAUGGUUACACAACAUUAUUCGUGGGAAAGUAAAGAAACCACUACAAUGAAGCAUAUUACUUUAUAAUGCUGUUAUUUGUAACGAUAUUGUCUCGAUGUAAUCUCGAAACGAAGUGAUCUUAAAUUUUGUCAUAACUUGCAGUAGCUCUUUCUACAAAUACGAAAAGUUGUCGAUAAAAGUAUGUUUGGCAACUAGAAAAAUUGGCACACUCUUCAAAACAGAAUACUUGUUUCAAUAUUGCACCAAUUAAGUAAGUUGAUUUGUUUUUUUGUUUAAAAAUUUUGUAUAGUGUCGUAUAGUGUUCUUCGUAAAGAAAACCUUCACACUUAGGACAACUUGUAAAGUGUGUUGCAUUCCUAAUUUUGUGGUUUGGCAGUGUGCGACAUACG